AUGAGCGAACAACCGAGUUUAGUGGGUCAUUCUGUCCGUGAUAUUGAUGAUAGUGAGAAUCCGGACUUCGUUCCAGAAAAAAUGCCUGAUUUCAGCCAACUGAAUGAAUCUGUGAGGAGAUUGAAUUUGAAAAACUCUUCUCCUGACGAUAGUGACCAAUACACUUCUGUUGCAGAAUUGAAUAAGGAAGGCGCACUUUUGACCGAUGAUCAGGAUGUAGAUUUAGAUGACAUAAUUGCCAAAGGAUUGGAUGACAUUAGUGAAUUGAAAUCAUCUUUGGAGAAUAAGAAAAAGAUUAAGAACAAAAAAAAGACAAAGAAGUCUUCUUCGAGUGGCUCCUUAUCGCAAGAUUUCAGUUACUCAAUUUCGCCAGUGCAUUCAGGUACCGUAGAUUCCCUUGUGACCAGCACUGACCCAAUUGACGAUAACAUUGUUGCUCCUACCGCUGGCGAUUUAACUGACGGAGGUAAGUCAAGGGCCAGAUCGACAAACAAAACCGAGAAACGAGCUAGUGUUACGUCAGACUCCAGCCAUUCAGUGAUAAGGAACUCGUAUGGUGAGAUCAUUAAUGAUAACUCUGAAAGGCCACACUUAGCUCGUGGUGAUUCAUACCAACAAUCAGUAGAUGAUCUCGAAAAUUCUGCUUCCAAUGGUAGAAGCGGAAGAUCAACCUCUAAAAGAUUCCAAAACGACUACUUGCGUUCAUUAUCUCGUUCAUUACAAAGAGAUCAUGCUGAUCACAAAAGUGUUUCAGAUGACACGGGCGUGCAAGCCCAAGAUAUUUAUUCGACCACAAGCUAUUCUAUUUCCCAACGCUAUGUGGAAAAUGCACCUCAUGUGAUUCGUGAAUCUCACGAGGAGCAUACGGCGAGGCAUCCUGCAGCCCCCCAUAGAAACUAA